UCUGUCAUUCUCAUGAUAUAUAUUAAUUUGCUGUAUAUAACUAUAUAUUGUUUGUUUGUUAGAUCAUCCACGUUAUGGCAAUGACAAAUACUAGUACUGCAACUUUGAUUGUCCCUCAACUUCUAAAAAGGGGCAAUUAUAAGAGUUGGAGCAUCUUCAUGGAAGACUAUUUGAUUUCUCAAGAGCUUUGGGAUGGUAUUUUUGUUCCAUUUAUAUUCAGCGCUGAUCAUCCGCUGCUUAGUGAAUCUGAGUGGAGAAAAAGGAAUGCUACUGCUCUGAAUGCCGUUAAGAUUUCAUGCGGACCAGAAAGCUUUGUUCGUAUAAAGUAUACCCGUUCAGCAAAAGAUGCUUUGGAUAUGUUAGCAGAAAUGCAUGAAACAGAAACUGAAACUGAUGAAAGCACUCCAAAGGCAAGCAAUCCUCCGCUUUGGGUGGCAACUACGAUUGUCCCCGAACUUCUAGAAAGAGGCAAUUAUGAGAGGUGGAGCAUUUUCAUGAAAAACUACUUAGUUUCGCAAGGUCUCUGGGUGGUUACUCAACGCAGUUUAAGGCCUCUUGGAGUUUCUAAAAGGGAGUGGAGAAAAAAGACCGCUGCCGCUCUGCAUGCAAUUCAAAUUUCAUGUGGAGAAGAAAACUUUAAUCAGAUAAAGAAGAUCAAUUUGGCAAUAGAAGCUUGGGAUAAGUUGAAAAAAAUAAAUAUUGAAGAGCAGAAAUCAAAAACAGAUAAUUCAGAACAUGAAGAAGGAGAAAGAGAAGGAGAAAAAAAAGGAGAAGAAGAAGAAGCAGAAGAUGGAGAAAAAGAUGAAGAAGGAGAAGGAGUAACAGGAGAAGGAGUAGAAGGAGAAGGAGAAGGAGAAAAAAAAGGAGAAGAAGAAGAAGCAGAAGAUGGAGAAAAAGAUGAAGAAGGAGAAGGAGUAGAAGGAGAAAAAAAAGGAGAAGAAGAAGAAGCAGAAGAUGAAGAAAAAAAUGAAGAAGAAGAAGAUGAAGAAAAAGAUGAAGAAGAAGAUGAAGAAGAAGAAGAAGAAACUCCAAAGAUUAAUUCUGCAAGUAUGAUUGUCCCUGAACUUCUUGCAAGUGACAAUUAUAAGAGAUGGAGCAUCUGUAUGAAAAGCUAUUUAGUUUCUCAAGAUCUUUGGGAUGCUGUUCUAUACAGUUGGGCGCCAACUGGAGUUGAUACAAAGGAGUGGAUUAAAAAGGAUGCUGCUGCUCUGCAUGCAAUUCAGAUUUCAUGUGGACCAAACAAAUUUGAUGAAAUUGAGGAAAUAAAUUCCGCCAAAACUGCUUGGAAUACCUUGAAGCAAAAACAUAUAGAAAAGCAUCCCGAAGAUGGUCCUCCCCUUCCUUUGAUUGAUUUCCUGGAAAAGAAAGGGUUCCAAACUAUGGAAAGGCCUCAGUCCCUAAUUGUGCAGAAUGCAAUUGACAAAGGGGAUGUUAACGCUGUAAUGGACUUUUUUAAUAGAAAUCCAGGGGCAGAAAAAUUCAGUUUUUGGAGAGGUGACACUUGUCUUCAUUACGCAGCUGGAGUUGGCAAGUCAAACAUUGUCAAGGCAUUGCUUGAGAGUACGCCUGCAGUGCAAAAGGAUCCAUGGGAUAAUACAGCUCUAGCAGUUGCUACUACGUAUGGAAAUACCGAGGUUGCAAAAUAUUUAGUUAGUGAGGAUUCUUCUUUGCUUUCUAUGGUAAAUCCCGAUGAAGAUAUCCCGGUAGUACAGGCAUGUAGACAAGGGCAUAAGGAGGUGACAAACUUUCUCUAUUCUGAAACCCCAUUCGAAAUGCUAUUAUGCGAAAAUGGAAAACAAGGAUCCAAAUUACUUCGUUGGUGUUUCAGUUCCAAAAGAUUUGAUAUCAUGUUGGAUGUACUUCACCGUGGUCAAAGUUUAAUUGAUGAAAAUUGGAAGGUUCUUUUGGAUGGAUUCGCCCGAACGCCAACAGCAUUCAGCAGUGGAAGUGGGCUAACAUUUUGGCAACGAUGGAUCUAUGAGUAUUUGAAGGUAUACAUACCUAGCGAUUUUACUGUUGUUAUUAUCAAUCAGAAAGGAAAACAAUUUGAAGAGAUGCCAUUACCAGGUCGAUUAUGGAGAUUGGCUUCAUUGCUUCUUCCAUUCUUAGGUAUAAAGCAAAUACAUGCUUUAAAGUUGAGUCAUGGCUUCGCCCAUGCAAUUCUAUGUUUGAUCUGUCAGCACUUAACAAAAUUACAGUUGAGGACAGUGGAGGACAUGACUGCACCAAGGAAGGCACUCACCAGUGCGAUUAAGAAUGGCAUUUAUGAUUUUUUAAUUGAAAUGGUCAAAACUAAUGCAGACUUACUUAUUGCACCGGUGCCGGCGAAUGAUGAGACUAUAAGUAGAAACUUUCUCAUGGAUGCUAUUGAAUUUCGUCAGGAGAAAAUUGCUCGCUUUCUUAUUGGACUCCCCGUUGGCACUGUAUUUAUCAAUUCACCGGAUUAUUCAAGGGAGAACAAUAUAUUACAUGUGGCAGGUAGAUUGGCUUUUGAUUCUCAACUUUCUCACAUUUCUGGUGCUGCUCUACAGAUGCAAAAAGAGAUACAAUGGUUCAAGGAGGUAGAAAGCCUUGUUAACCAGCGUGAUAAAGAUGCCAAAAACGGCAAUGGUGAAACUCCUUACCAAGUUUUGGCUAGAGAGCACAAGGUCUUGCUUAAGGAAGCAGAGGAUUGGAAUAAAGGGUUAGCAAAAUCAUAUAUAAUUGUUGGCGCUCUCAUCAUCACCGUAAUGUUCGCCGCAGCUUUUACCCUUCCUGGGGAAUUCAAGGAUCGAAGGCGGAGAUGCAUACCUAAGGGAGCAGUGGUGGCUGCAGACUAGCAGGAAGUUACGAACGCCACGAAUGACGGAAACAGAUUUUAUUUUCAGAGUCCGUUGUUUUCAUUUGGGUCGUGUCCAUUUUUUCUGGCCUUACCUUGCUAGGCCUACACUUCUUUUGGGCUUAGUUCCUGAAAAAAUACAUUUUUAAGGCCUGG